AUGUGGACUGUUGAUGGGUUUUGGGCUGUCGAAUGUGAAAUAUCGAUGGGUUUUGGGCUGUCGAAUGCGAAAUAUCGAUGGGUUUUGAGCUGUCGAAUGUGGAAUCUGUUAGAAGUUGAAGUGGAGGCUGCUGAGUUUGAUGAAGUUGACGAGCUGAGGUCUGAAUUGGCCGGAGUUGUUGGUUGGUUGGUGUCAAUGAGAGAUUACCCAAUGGAGGGGACGAUUUAUAAGGGUUGGGUUGGGGUUGGGGCGGUUUAG